AAGAGAGUCAGAAUCACUGGAGUUCAGAGGAGACAACAGGCCCCUACAGCAUCAGAUGGUUUUAAUGAAUGCGGCCUUUUAAUGAUAUGCAGUUGUAAAAAGCUCUGAGUGAAAAUGAACGGGGAAAUGAAAGGGAAAAGCAUCUCAGCGGAUGUGACCCUAGGAAACAUGGACCUUGGAGAAAAGAUCAUCUCUGUAGGGAAAAACCCUUCCUUUGCCAGGAAGAUUGGCCUGAAUGAAGAUGAUCAGAUUGUUGCUGCUACCAUUCACUUGGACCAUCUUGCCAAAGAUGAUGCUUUAAAGUUGUUGAAGAUCCUCGUGCCCUAUGAUGACAAACUUGAGGUUAAAACCAAAUCCAGCAUCGUGCUUGAUGGUGAUCUCAAUGGACCUUCAUUGAACGGAAUUGAUGGUGGUGCAAAAUUUACCAUGCCAACAAUAGGCAUGUCGGGACCGCAAUUAAAAGGAGCAGGCUUGGAUGGUACUGUUCAGAGCCCUGAGCUUAGUGUCUCAGCACCAUCAGUUGAAUCCCCAGAUGUGUCUGUUAAUGUGGACCCACCAGAAGUCAACAGCAACGGGAUGAAAUAUAAGGCCCCUAAGUUUAAAAUGCCAAAUUUCAAAUCGUCAACAAAAAAGCCACAAGUUACAACCCCAGACGCAACUUUGACAGGCCCAAGCAUCAGUGCAAAUGUCGACACACCAAAGCUCAAUCUUCAACCUCCAGAUGUUGAUGUCACCUUACCAAAAGCUGAACUUGAGGGCCCAAAUCUGGAUAUAGAUACCCCAGAUGUUGACAUUGAGCCCCCAUCAGGGAAGUUCAAAUGGUUCACACUUCCAAAGCCAAAGUGGGGUCACCCUCGACCUAAGAUAGAAACCUCAGACAUUGACGUUUCUGGGCCAACAGUUAAAGCUGAUUUGGAUAUACCAGAUGCAGAGGUGAAUCUGCCCAAAGCUGAAAUUGAUGGUCCAGAUGUUGACAUUGAUCCACAAUCAAGCAAGUUCAAAUGGCUAAAAAUUAAGAAACCCAAGUUUAGGAAAAUUAAAGGACCAGAUGUGGAUAUUGAUGCAGAUGUUACAACACCAGACUUGGACCUUUCAGCACCAAAGAUUAAAGCUGAUGUGAACACGCCUGAUGUUGAUGUGAAAUUACCAUCAGCUGACAUAAAUGGUCCAGAUGUGGAUCUCAAAGCUCCUGAUGUUGAGGUAAACGCUCCAUCAGGGAAGAUAAAAUUUCCCACUCUAAAAAAGCCAAACUUCAAAAUCAAGCCAAAAGUGACCACUCCUGAUAUCGAUGUUGAUGCUGACAUUAAAGCUCCAGAGGUUGAAGCAAAUCUUGAAACACCAGAUGUCAAUGUAAGCCUUCCAAAUGCAGACAUUGAUGGCCCUGAUGUUGAUCUCAACGUGCCUGAUGUCAACAUUGAUCCCCCAAAAUCCAAGUGGAACUGGAAGAAGCCUAAACUGAACCUCUUAAAACCCAAAACACCAAGCCUGGAAGUUGAUGCUGAUGUAAAGGCACCUCAUCUUGAAGCGGGACUUGACCUGCCUGAUGGAGAUAUAGCUCUGCCUAAGGCAGACCUUACAGUACCUGAUGUGGACCUCAAAUCUCCAGACCUCAGCCUCUCUGCACCAAAUAUUAAAGGUGACCUCAAUGCUCCGACCCUGGAUGUUAAUCUACCUGAUGCAAGCCUUGAAGCACCAAAAGUGGAUCUAAAAGCACCAGAAGUUGACCUUGAUGCCCCAUCAGGCAAGUUCAAGCUGCCCCCAAUUAAAUGGCCAAAAUUCAACCUGUCAAAAGUUAAAACACCUGACAUUGAUGUUGAUGCAGAUGUAAAGACACCAGAUUUGGAUGUCUCCCUACCAAAAGUUGAAGCGGGACUUGAUGCUCCUGAAGUCGAUAUAAAUUUGCCCAAAGCAGAUCUUAAUGUCCCAGAUGUCAAUCUCAAAGCACCUGACCUCAACCUUUCUGCACCAAAAAUCAAGGGAGAUCUAAACGCUCCAGCCCUAAAUGUUAACCUACCAGAUGCAAGUCUGAAAGCACCAGAGGUAAAUCUCAAAGCACCAGAAGCUGACAUUGAUGUUCCAUCAGGGAAAUUCAAAUUGCCUCAAAUUAAAUGGCCAAAAGUGUCUGGACCAAAGGCUAGUGUAGAUGUAGAUACACCAGACUUGGAUGUCUCCCUACCAAAAGUUGAAGCGAGACUUGAUGCUCCUGAAGUUGAUAUAAAUUUGCCCAAAGCAGAUCUUAAUGUCCCAGAUGUCAAUCUCAAAGCACCUGACCUCAACCUUUCUGCACCAAAAAUCAAGGGAGAUCUAAACGCCCAGCCCUAA